GAGACUGGCUCAAGUCUACUUCAAUGCAGGGCACAAUAAUGUGAUUGAUAUAGUGGAAGGUCUACAUGCUGCUCCAUCUGUGGAAACUUCUGCUGUUGAUAAAACUGUGACUGAGGGUGCAGACUUUGUAGAAUUCAACUGCACUGUUGCUUUGACUAUGCCUGAACCGACUCUUACCUGGACAUUUACGAACAAUGAUGGUCACAUGGAGACAUUACAAGAGCAGCCACGUCUUCCAGGUGCAAGGACAAGUAUUAUUAAGAUAUCUUCAAUUUCAAGGGACAAAAGUGGUCGUUAUGAUUGUGUUCUUGAGAAUGAAUUUGACAAAGUCAAUUCAUCAGCACAUUUGACUGUACAAUAUUUUGAUGGUGUCAGUCUUAGUGUUAUGCCAAGCAAUGAACUUGUAUUUAAAACAAAUGGGAUUUUAGUCGUCAACGUGUCAUCAGUUCCAGCUGCAACUGAGAUACGUCUGAGUCGAAGUGAUGUCGUAUUCUUCUCCUCAUCCAACAGCAGUUUUAACAAACCAAUAGGAGCUGUCACAGUGAAAGAGAACAAUCACAUACAGUACGUCUUUACUGUUGAUAAAAGCUGGAACACUGCGGUAACGGCAUAUGCUGAACAUCUACUAGGGAGUAAUACAUCAACUCAAGUAAUAACUGUACUUGCUCCUCCAGGUCCAAUUGAUGUGUCUGUAAACACCUCUUGUUAUAACAAUAAUAACAGUUUACUGGUUAUGUGGACUGUGUACAGCAAUGGUGGACGUGACAUCAGCAUGUACACAAUGAGAUGGAGGAAAGGUUGUAGUAAUACUCCAACUACAUUGCUCAACUCAAAGACAUGGAUGGUAUCAGACAAUGUCUUUACACAGCAAGGAGGCAGUUACAUAAUACCAGGACUGGAUGGUAACACAACAUAUUGUAUAGACGUGGAAGCAACAAAUAGUAUUGGACCAAUGUUGAUGACAGUCAAAGCAACUACACUGUCUGUCCCAAAGCAGCCUAAACUUCAAUGUAAUCCCACAUUGACCACAAAUACAAGUGUAGCAAUGACUUGGGUAGUCAGCAGCAAUGGUGGUGAUGACGUCUCACAUUAUGCUGUAGUACUGAGUGAAGAUCUGAAUUUCACGCAUACAGCUUAUUCAAAGACUCUGUUUGUGGUUGACAAUUCUGAGUUGACACAGAAGGGUGGAAUGGUUACUGUGCCAGGUCUUUCUGGUGGAACAACAUAUUAUGCAAAGGUUGUUGCAAGAAAUUGUGUCGGUGCUAGUGUUCCUGCUACACGGUCUUGCUCUACACGCUGUGGUCAGUGUAUUUGUGAGUAGUGUUUGUAUUCAUGUGUUAUUUGGUCUCAUAUACAUUAUGUUGUGUUGUUUUGUAAGGUCAAUUAUUGCAACCGCGAGAAGCCAAAGAAGUAUUUUUGUCUGAUGACACCAUAACACUGACAGUAAAGGCUCCUGACUUGAAUUGUCAAAUUGACAAAUACAUUGUUAAAGAUGUAGCGUCUGCUGACAAACUCCAGUCAUCAUAUUCUGUCGAGAAUGGUAUUGUGACUAUUACCCUAACGGGACUGGAGGCAGGAGCAAACUAUACAGUUCAAGUGUAUGCAGUACAUGAUCAAUCACAGGAACGUCCAAUAGGGAAACCAGUCACAUUUCAAAUAUCAAGCCAAGAUAAAGUAACUGUAGGUGGAUUGUCGUCGAGAGUCAUAGCUGCAAUUGCUGUUCCGCCCGUCAUCAUAGUCGUGAUUGUGUCUCUUGUUCUCUGGUGGUUUAAAGCCAGAAGAGCAUCUUCAGAGUCAAGACCUCCACACGUGGAAACUACAGAAGAUAUAAGAUCUGAUCAUGAUACUGUAAUGAGUCAGUCCAGUGCCUAUACUGCAUUCAAGUCCAUGGCAGGAGGAGGAAAUCCAAGAUCAGAAAUCAGAAUGCAGGAAUCGAACGCCUAUGGCGUUGGCAAGAUGCAACAGCCUGCCCACCCUGUUCCACAGUAUGAAGUUGUGAUGUAAGGUAAGGUCACGUGACGGAAUAACAAGCAAUUUUUACAAAUUGCACGCUUAUAAUAUGGUGUCUUGCUGUUUGACUAAGCGCUAACUUAGUGAUUUAGUCUUUUCUCGUUGUGCAUGUAGCUUUGCAAGAGGCGUAAUGAACGCAUUAGUAUUGCUAGCUCAUCGUUGACUUA